UUCGCGUUAUUUCCUCCGGUUUUUCUCAGUAAAUAAACAGUAAUAUUAGUUUAUAAGCUAAAUAUCAUAAUCAUGGCCAGCGAAGGUAUUUCUCCUCAAGAAGUCGAGGCUCUGUGCCAGACUCCCGACCCUUCUACAAAUGACUUUUUGUUCCAACAAACGAUGUACCGCAUCAAGGACCCACGUAAAUCCAUACCGUUCUAUACCGGUGUUCUUGGCAUGACGCUCCUCAAACAGUUGCACUUUCCUGCCAUGAAGUUCUCGCUCUUCUUUAUGGGGUAUGAAAAUCCAGCAGAGAUCCCACAGGACGAAAGUCAGAGAGCCGUGUGGGCGAUGACCAGGAAAGCCACUUUAGAAUUAACUUACAACUGGGGCACGGAGAGCGACGACUCGAGCUAUCACAACGGCAACCAGGACCCCCGCGGGUUCGGCCACAUCGGGCUGCUGGUGCCCGACGUGGACGCCGCUUGUGCCAGAUUCGAGCAACUUGGCGUAAAGUUCAUAAAGAAACCUCAAGACGGUAAGAUGAAGGGACUUGCCUUCAUCCAGGACCCAGACGGAUACUGGAUCGAAAUCUUCAGCACAAAAACCAUCGCGUCAGUUUGAUCGCAGAUCGGGAGGGGGUCGGGGGAAAGGGUCUAGGGAACAUUAUUUAUUAUCCGUUAUAAAUCAA